CGCACAGCAGCUGACGCGCACGCUGCAAACUCGUCCCCAAAAGGGUCGUGCGUCGCUUGCCAGAGCAGCUAACAACAGCAUGGCUUGUCAUUGUUCACUUCCACGAACACCAUCUUCUCUGCAAUCAAUUCACGAUUUGAGCGAUUCUGGAUUGUGGGUUAUCAGCUCCCUCCAAGAACCAAGAAUUUCGAGAAGGCCGACGCUGCUGUCGAUGGAAGGUGACGCCUCCCUGUAAGAGUGGAUUCCCAGAAGGAGCUGCGAGUAGCUACGAUGGUGUGAAAGCGCCACUAUAUGCGCUGACUAGGCUGCGCUGGUGGCGCUAAUGAAGUGCCCAUCGCUUCGUGCAAGAGGUCGCUUGGAGUCACACAUGGCAUUUCUUGAGGAGAAGCGCACCUGGCGGUAGAAGGCUACCACGACCCUUGUCGCAACCGUCGUAAUCGUGGAUGGCUCUGCUCUCAACCGAGUGGCGAAGGCUCGUUCUGGUAUGAGUGCGUGUAUGAUCGGAUACAACUCUUCGUAUCCCUGCGCGCGCUGCCGCUCUUCCAUUGGACGCAACGAUCCGCAAAUUCGCCACGCGCAUGUAUACACGAUCGACUCGUCAUGCGCCGAAAUUGUGAACACGUUCGGCGUUGCGGGAGGCGUCGUUGGGUGGCGAGUACGCGGUCCAGGUGGCGCUGGUCGACCGCCAUGACGACUAGCGAGCUUGGCUGACACGCUGUGCAAGUCUUCGAAUCCUCUACAAAUGUAGCCAACGCUUUCUCCUCCUGUUCGUUUCGUCACCCUUCAUGAAGAUUGAUUCUUUUCGACUUUGCAUUUCGUCUCUUCACCACAACCCGGAGCCGCUGGUCGGCAUUUUCGAACAGGUCCGCGCUGAGCCGAUCUCACAAACGGCGCAGGUACUCUCACACAACGCAAGUGCAGUCAGUCGUUGGCAAAGUUGUGGAAGGGUAAUCACAGAGCUGUGCAUCUUUCAG